UCCAAAAUGAAAACAACAAUGAAAGCCAGUAACGUCAUCUACCAAAUUCCACAACACCAACAUCAUCAACAAUAAUAUUCCAAAGCACCAACACCGUCACGCAUCACCACCAUUGGAACUAGCCUCAAGUUUCCUCAAGUGGUUGAGAGAAGGAAUGAAACUGGGAAUGAAGUUGAAGUGAGAGAAAGGGAUGCAAAGAUAAUUGAGGAUUUGGAGAAAGGUGAAGUGGGUUUUGAAGAGAGAGUGAUUCACCAUGAAAAUGAAGUUAAUAAUCAGCAGCGUGACAAUAACAAUCAUGAAGAAGAAUUUCAGCUCCAAAUGUUCCACAGGUUGAACCCAACAAACCCUUUAAGGAUAGUGAUUAACAGUAACACCAGAGUUGCAGCUCCUUCUCCUCCUUCUCAUCAAUCUCAACGCUCUCACCCUCCUCCUCCUCCUCCUCCUUCUCGUUCUAUUCCAACACCAUCUCCCAUUCCUAUCCCACAACAACAACAUCAACAUCAACCGGUGACUUUGAAUUCCAAAAAAUAUACCAACAGAAUAUCCUUGUUUCUCUUUGUUCUGCAUAUGUUCUUGGCAAUUGUUCUUGUCUGUUUUCUUGUGUUCAAGGGGGUCCAAGGUCUCAUCCAAGCAUCAGAUUCUUCCAUGAAAAGAAAAGAAAAAAAUGUUUUAAAGUAUUUGCUUCCUCAAGUGGAAGCUGCAUCUUUCAUGAGCAUCAUUCUUGCAUUUGUUUGGCAAGAAGCAAUCAGGAAAUGGCCCACUUUUAUGGUCCAUUUCAUAUUAUGGUGCACUUUUGUUAUGUCGCUCGCCGCAGGGAUUCUAUUAAUUUGCUUCCAGAUGCCUCCCUCUGAUGCUGUUGGUGUGUGUUUCAUUGCAUUCGCAAUCGGGAACGGCUUGUAUGCUUGUUGGGUUAGUCACAGGAUCAAGUUUUGCUGCAAAGUCUUGAGUCUUUCACUUCAGCCUGUGGCUAAAUUUCGCGACUUGAACAAGACUACAUAUCAGAUGCUUGUGGCCGGGUUCUUGUGGAUAUCCUUGUGGAUUCUGGCAGUGAUUGGGUCAUUGAAUUUCUAUUUCCCACCUUUGAUUAUCAUUGCCUUGGUGUUGAGCUUGGCUUGGACCACAGAGGUUAUGAGGAAUGUGGUUAACAUCACAGUUAGCAGGGUUAUUGCAUUGUAUUACUUGAGGGGAAUGCAGUCUAGUAUCCAAUUCUGCUUCCUCAGAGCGAUGACUCGGAAUCUUGGAAGUGCUUGUUUGGGGUCUCUGUUUGUUCCUGCAAUUGAAGCACUGAGAAUUGUUGCCAGGGCUCUGAAUUUGCUUGAGGGGGAAGAUGAGUUCAUGUUCUGUUGUGCUCAUUGUUGCCUCAAUGUCAUGGAGUCGAUUUUUAGAAAUGGCAAUGGCUGGGCAUAUGUACAGAUAGCAGCAUAUGGAAAAGGUUUUGUAAUGGCAUCUCAAGAUACUUGGGCCCUUUUUGAGAAGGAAGAUAUGGUGCCGAUUGUUGACUCAGAUAUAACAAGCUCAAUUUGUUUUCUUACUGGAGUUUGCAGCGGUUCUAUAUGUGUCAUUGUGGUGGCUGCUUGGACCUAUCAUGUGCACCGAAGUUUCACAGCCACUUUGUCACUCCUCACAUUCUUCAUUGGAUACCUUUUGACUAGGAUAGCCAUGGCAGUGCCUCAUGCCUGUGUGAGUUGUUAUUAUGUGUGCUAUGCCGAGAAUCCAGAGAACAGGCUAUUUGAUAAAACAAUCAAGGAUCGUCAAGCCUUGUUGAAAACAGGCCGUGAUGCGGUUGUGCCUACUCCAAGGAUUAGGAGGAAUACAAGGAGUUAACUUGCGUUGUGUUAAUUUUAACAUUCUCUUCUUGCACUGUGCAUAUUUCAAACUUCAUAGAGUAGAGAGUACAGUCUUCAAGAUGCUGCAUAGCUUUUGGUUGUACAAAAAAUGUGGGAUGUGGAAGUUAGGUCAAUGAAUUAUAAUAAUAAUAAUACCACGAUGGCAUGA